AUGUUUUCUGCGAUGUACCUGGUGGGCGGCUACCUGUCGUCAGAAGCUGUUGUGAACAUGUUUAGUAAGACUAUCAUGGAAACUAUAAACUGGCCAUCCAUCAGCAGCACUAUGGACUGUCUUGUCAGACCUGUACUGGGAGGACCAGACCUGAGACUGGAGAUUCGUCUUGCAUGGGCUCAAAGCAGUGAUCAGCCCCUGUUCAUCUCCAUGCUGCCUCUGCUGAGGGAGGGGGACGUGGUCCUGACUGCCCAGCCUGAGCUCACCUCUCCCUGGGUCAACGCCUGGCACCUCUCUCUCUACCCGUGGGAGACUCAGCGCCUGGCUCAGCUCGACGCCGCUGAUGCUGGAUGCCGCAGACAGACACUUAAAAUCCUCAAGGCGGCAUGCAGACUGAAUCCCGCCUUGCGACCACUCGAAGCCGCCCCGCUAGCCAAUCUCAUCCUGCACCUCAGCGACAGUGAGAGCAGCUGGUCCCAGAUCAGCCUGGAUGUGAGAUUCCAGCAGUGUAUUGUAGAGCUGAUUGGCUACCUAGAACAAGGGGCGUUGCACAGUUACUUCAAGCCAGCUGUCAAUCUGCUCAGCGGCUUGUCAGAGGACCAGGUGGAUCAGAUGGGCUUCAUGCUCUACUGCGCUGUGUCAGAGCCUGAAAUACUGCUCAUAUAACAGUCUGCACAUACAAUACAUUUCUCAAGCUCUGACACACACAGAGAUCAAAGGAUAAUCUUUUAUCAUCCAAGAUUGGUUCAUGGCAAAGACGUUGUAUUCUUCCCACCGCCUUCUCUCGUUGUUUAUCUCCUCCGUCCUGCUUCAAUGCGUGGGAACAGCGUACAGUUGGAAUGAUGAACUGGCAGGCCACCAUGGACAUCUACGCUGCAGGAGGAGAAGCUACAGGGAGACUUCAGAUGUGAAAGUGAUAAUCAAGCUUAGCCAGCCAGUGCAAGGAAAGAAUACAUACCAAGGAAAGGAGCUGAGAAAGAGUUUAUCAAGGUGUUUGAAACAAUGCUUCAGUAUGUGCCUGAUCAGAACUGCCCACACACACCACAGCCAAGUCUGCAUUUAGGUUUGUGUGCUCAUUAGUUUUCACAGGGAGUCAGUGAUGGUGAGCUUGGCCAGGUUCAGUUCAGUAUAUCCAUUAACAUCAGAAUAGCAGUUUAUUGCUUCAGUGCAUACAUUCUUUCUGUCUUUAAAUUG